AUGUCGCCCUCAGAAGUACGCAUCGGCUACGUGCCCGAGCACUACCUCCUCCCGCUGCACCUCUGCACAAAACACAAUCUAUUUCCCUCUUCGAUAGAAAAAGUAACCUUGGUGCCGUUUCCUUCUGGCACCGGACAUAUGAUCACUUCCCUGCGCUCAAACGAGAUCGAUCUGGCAAUUGGCCUGACCGAAGGCUGGGUUGCAGGUCUGCUGAACGCGGAGAACUACAACAAGCCCGGAACGGAAAAAGGGUACUCCAUAGUAGGAUCAUGGGUGGCCACGCCACUGAGAUGGGCAGUCGUUACUGGCCGAAAUCGGAACGACAUCAAUCGUGUCGACGAUCUCAAGCAGCACCGCCGUGUGGGAGUCAGCAGGAUUGGCAGCGGCAGUCACGUCAUGGCAUUUGUGCUGGCCGAGCAGGAAGGCUGGCUUCGUCAAUCAAAAGACCAAAAGUCAGAAGGGCUCUCAAUUGUGCCGCUGGGUCCUUUCAAAGAUCUACGGGACGGCGUCACCAGUGCCAGUGCCGACUUCUUCAUGUGGGAGCAUUUCACGACCAAGCCAUACUUUCACGGAGAGAAUACACCACUGAAAAAGAUUGGAGAGAUAUACACGCCCUGGCCGAGCUGGCAUAUUGCUGCAUCCAGGUCGACAUUUCCGAACCCCGAGUCAGACGAUACGUUAAGGCAGAUAUUCCAAGCUUUUGACGAAGGUGUAAAGAGUUUCAAUACAGACACCAAUGCUGCAAUCAAGAUGUUGGGCACCGGUGAGGCGCAGUGUCAUUAUUCUGAAGAAGACGGCCGAGAGUGGUUGAAGGACGUCAAGUUUGUGGAAAAUACGAGAGGAGUCGACGCGGCUGUCAUGAGUGGUGUGGUUGAUGUGCUGAAGACUGCCAGUGUCAUUGGUAGUGAUGUUGCCAUCAAGCCUGGUGAUGGAGUCGCGGGCAUCUCCAGGUGA